AUGAGCCUCGGCCUGAUGGAGGAGGAGGACCUGGCCGAGUACUUCCGGCUGCAGUAUGGCGAGCGGCUGCUGCAGCUGCUGCAGCCUGGUGGAGGCCCCGGGGCGGGGGGCGCUGGGACGUUUCAGCGCAGAAUGGAAACCCUGAACCUGCGCUGGGAGGAACUGGGCGUCAAGGAGGCCCAGCUGAAGGCCCACAUUCAGAAGUUUGAGCAAUUCAUCCAGGAGAAUGACCAGAAGCGGAUCCGAGCCCUGAAAAAAGCCAACAAGGAGAGAGACCUCAAGAGGCAGCGCAUGCGUGAGCUGGCCAGGGCCAAGCAGGAGAUGGCGGCCCUGCGGCUGCAGCACCAGCACCUGAGCAAGAAGCUGCAGGACUACUCCAUCUUCAACAAGUACCUGGAGAAGGUGGUGGAGACCUCCGAGUUCGAGGAGAUCCACGAGGUGAUGGGCCGCUACAAGACGCUGGUGAGCAUGCACUACGACCUCAUGCAGUCGGCGCAGGAGGGCCAGGAGAAGAUCGAGCGCGCCAAGGCGCGGCUGGCGCGCUACAUGGAGGAGAAGGACGACGAGGUGCUGCAGCACAACAACGAGCUGGCGCGCCUGCAGAUGCGCUUCGACCGCGCGCGCAGCGACGUCAUCGUCUGGGAAUCUCGCUGGGCGCACAUCCAGAACACCGCGGCCAAGAAGACCCUCUUGCUCGGCACCAUUAAGAUGGCAACGCUGAACCUCUUCCAGAUCGUGACCAAGCAGCUGAAGGAGACAACCCACGUGUCCCUGGAGGACACGCACAAACAGCUGGACAUGAUCCAGCAGUUUAUCCAGGACUUGUCGGACAUCUGGGCGGAGGUAAAGAAGAAGGACCUUCCUCAGAUCCGGGUGUAAGGAGCAGCCACGAGCAGAGCCGGAGAGAGGAUGAGUUCCUGCUGAGCCCGCGGCCCGGUCGUCCCGGUCCAGCCCUCGGGGACCCCUGCGCCUUGCUGCUUGCAGACACCCUGCCGCACUUCCCCUCGGGCCCCAGCCUACCCACCCCGACAUUAAAUUCCAUGA